AUGCCGAACCUGAAACAACUCCAUGUUCGAUUGACUUCUGCACAAUAUGGUGUUCGAGGUUGGCGAGACGUCGAUCGAAACAAACCGUUCCCACUUAUGCCCAUGAUGAAGACUUAUAUCGUUCAUGUCGAUGAUGGAAAACCGAUCGAUUUCGAUCGUCUAGCAUAUCACCUCAAAGCAAUGCCUGCUUUACUUCAACUGGAAGUCACUGCACCUCAUGGACUGUUCAAUGCACAAAAUUGGGAAGAUCUGAUCAUAUCAUCACUGAGGAACCUCAUUCAUCUACGUCUAUAUGCCACGAGCUAUCAUCUACAUCCAGGAACUGUAGUAAAAAUCACAUGUGCAUUCAAAACUUCAUUUUGGGUCAAGGAGACAAACUUUGCGUUCAUACUCAUGCAAUUAGCCCAACAUAAGAAAGCCAGAGAGCAGAGCGAAACGAUUGAACGUUUGGGUCGAGCCAGUUUCAAUAUCUAUGCCUUACAAUUCUGGACAGGAGCUGUACGAAGCGAUACGUUUCUGCAAAAUCCGAUGAUUUUGACGGGAGAGUGGGCCAGUCAAAUUCACGAGAGGAAAGACGAUUAUUCUUACUAUGCUGAACAUGUUGAUUGUCAGAAUAUGGAUCAGCAUAUGGUCGAUUGGUUCAAAGGCCAUGUAAACUGUUUAAAAAUUAAGCAUUUCGAAGGGCGACACUUUUGUAAAGGAACAGAAUUAUCGAUCUUUACUAAUCUUCGAACUGUUCGAUUACCACCAAAGGCAUUGGCUGUUCUGAGCAAAGAUAUAUUCCAAGUUUUUCCUGCUGUUCAGUCUCUCGAUCUUCGUGACGAAAAAGAACUAUUCCAAUCUGAAUGCAUCGAUCAAAUACGAAAAUUAUUUCCGAAUGUCGAACAUUUUGUGCUCAAUACAGAAUCGUUAGACUGCGUUUCAAACUUAGCUUGUUGUUUACCACGACUUCGUUCAUUGACUUUUAAAUCAUUAUUAUCGUACGUUGGAUCGAACUACAAUUGUAACAUGAAUGAUGAAGACACAUUCGAUUUUAUUCCACUUAUUAAAUGCAUUGCACCAACAGAUGAGCAACGUAAUGAUCCUGAAUAUAUUCCACAAUUGGAAAUGGAUUUAAAUGCCAAGAAUAUUCUAGCUGAAUGA